AUGAAAAUUUACCAAAAUCCAUUAAAACGAAAACGCGCCAAACCAACGCCAGAAGCCGCGAAGGCAGAUGAACUUUUAGACGUCCAGGACGAAAACCAGUUCCUCCUCAGACACCUCCGUCCACUAUUUUUACUGAGCAAGCUGUUUUCGUUGGCCCCUUACCGGAUGGAAACUCAAAAGGGACGAUCUCCGGAUGGAAAACGGGUGCGAAUUUCCCCACUGGGCAUCGGCCAAUCUCUGGCGGCCAUCCUACUCUACGGGGCCUUCCAUUUGUACAACAAUUACUACGAUGAUUUUACCGGAACGUCGAAAGCCGCCGGUCAGCAUGGUGGAAAUGGUGCUGCCAAGCAUCAGGAAAACGGAAGCGCUGCGGGAAAUUGGUCCACUUCCGGUAGCUCGGGCAGCGAGGGGAACUUUGUAUCCGUCGUGAUUGACGUUUAUAAUCGCUAUUCGGUGCUGGUUCUGUACUGGAUUUUGAUUGCGGGAAACGUUGCCAACCAAAGGAUUCUCAUCCGAUGCUGGGAGGAUUGUGUGCAAAUUGACAGUAUAUUCCGCCGGAAGCUAAGAAUUUGGGUGAACAACUCGUACUGGAAAAGGCAAAUUUUCUCCCAAAUGUUCCUGAUCAGCGGAACCGUGCUGGUCUUCGAGUGGUUUAACUGUGUGAUGUACCUCAGCGAUUUUGACCCGGCGUCCGAGUACUGCUUGCCCCAGUGCUACAUUACCCUAUUAACUAGCAUCGUCGCCGAGACGCAAUUCGUCGGAUUCGUGAAAUUGCUCCAAAUGCGUUUUCAGCUCAUCAACCAGCUACUGGUUCGGCAUCAGCAGGAUCGCAUCCGGGUUGAAAUUAUUAACGAUAUUAAACAUUUAUACGCACAUUUGCAUUUAUUAUCGUUGAAUAUUAACCGAGCCUUCGGAGUGCAGCUGGUUGCGAUUUUGCUGACCUUGUUCGUCACUAUCACUGCAUUGCUCUACUACUGCCUGAUGAAGGCCAUCGGCAUCCUUUUGCAGUGGACCGUACUUUCGCACCCGGAUUUAAUUUAUCGCAGCUAUGAAGUGUUCAGUACCCUGUUCUGGGCCAUGGCCUGUGCCAUGAGGGUGUUCCGGAUCUGCAACGUGUGUAACGCGGCCAAAAAUGAGUCGAAACAAAUCGGAUGCUUGAUACAUGCUCUGGCCCUUUCAACACGAAAUCAAUCAGCGAAAUCAUCGAUAAAACUAUUUUCCCUGCAGCUGCUGCAGCAAAAGGUCGAAUUUACAGCCUGCGGUUUGUUCAACAUCGAUCAUGUACUUGUGUUCAAUAUAAUAGGCUCAGUUACUACGUACAUUUUGAUUUUGCUCCAGUUCGACGUAGCCCAGAACAAGUCCAAAUGGCAACGAGCCCACUAG